UUUAUUCGUUUUAUGCAUCCUGGAUUCUUCUAGCUGUCCCACCUCAGUUCCUGUAGAAAGACACUGGAGUCUGAGCCACUAAUUAUUCCCAGCCCCAGCAAGGUUUCCUCCCCAAACAGGAUGUCUCAGGCCAGAACUGCCCUCCCUCAGUGGACUCUCUAACCGAGCAUCAGUCACCACUCCCGCUCGAGUCCCUGCAGCCAACAACUGGAGUACAGGCUGAGGGGGAGGCAGCCGGGCUGCCCUGACCCGUAACAGACACCUCAUCUCCUGAGAAGCCGAAGUCAAGCUGGAUUCAGGCUGGGGAUCAGAGAGGUGGUGGCCCAUCUUACACUACAGUUGCCAAGAGACCGGAGGGCUUCUGAUUCUCAUCAUAGCCAGAUGUCGCACCUGCCUAUUGCCACCAGAAUGCCCAGUGAGAUGGAUAAACCCCUGAUCAGCGACCACCUGGUGGACAGCGAUGGGAGCCUUGCUGAGCCCCACAUGGGGGCCCCCAGAGUGGGCAUCCUGGGCAGUGGGGACUUUGCCCGCUCCUUGGCCACACGCCUGCUGGGCUCUGGCUUCAGUGUGGUGGUGGGGAGCCGCAACCCCAAACGCACAGCCGGGCUGUUCCCCUCAUCAGCCCAAGUGACCUUCCAGGAGGAGGCAGUGACCUCCCCAGGGGUCAUCUUUGUGGCUGUGUUCCGGGAGCACUACUCCUCGCUGUGUGGCCUCAGUGACCAGCUAGCUGGCAAGAUCCUGGUGGACGUGAGCAACCCCACAGAGCAGGAGCACCUUCGGCAUCAAGAAUCUAAUGCGGAGUACCUGGCCUCCCUUUUUCCCACCUGCGCAGUGGUCAAGGCUUUCAAUGUCAUCUCUGCCUGGACCCUGCAGGCUGGUCCAAGGGAUGGGAACAGGCAGGUGCCCGUCUGUAGUGACCAGCCAGAGGCCAAGCGCACCGUCUCAGAGAUGGUUCACGCCAUGGGCUUCAUGCCCUUGGACAUGGGUUCCUUGGCAUCUGCCCGUGAGGUAGAGGCCAUGCCGCUGCGUCUCCUGCCGGCCUGGAAAGUGCCUGCACUCCUGGCCCUGGGGCUCUUUGUGUGUUUCUUUGCCUACAACUUCACCCGGGACGUGCUGCAGCCCUACGUGCAGGAGGGCAAGAACAAGUUCUACAAGCUGCCCGUGUCCGUGGUCAACACCACGCUGCCCUGUGUGGCCUAUGUGCUGCUGUCUCUGGUGUACCUGCCUGGCGUUUUGGCGGCCGCUCUGCAGCUGCGGCGAGGCACCAAGUACCGCCGCUUCCCCGACUGGCUGGACCACUGGCUGCAGCACCGCAAGCAGAUCGGGCUGCUCAGCUUCUUCUGUGCCGCGCUGCAUGCGCUCUACAGCUUCUGCCUGCCGCUGCGCCGCUCCCACCGCUACGACUUGAUCAACCUGGCCGUCAAGCAGAUGUUGACCAACAAGAGCCACCUCUGGGUGGAGGAGGAAGUCUGGCGCAUGGAGAUAUACCUCUCAAUGGGAGUGCUGGCCCUCGGAACGCUGUCCCUGCUGGCUGUCACCUCGUUGCCAUCCAUUGCAAAUUCACUCAACUGGAAAGAGUUCAGCUUCGUGCAGUCCACACUGGGCUUUGUGGCCCUGGUGCUGAGCACGCUGCACACGCUCACCUAUGGCUGGACCCGCGCCUUCGAGGAGAGCCGCUACAAGUUCUACCUGCCGCCUACCUUCACGCUCACGCUGCUGGUGCCCUGCGCCAUCAUCCUGGCCAAAGGCCUGUUUCUGCUGCCCUGCUUCAGCCGCAGACUCACCAAGAUCCGAAGAGGCUGGGAGAAAGAUGGCGCAGUCAAGUUCACACUGCCAACUGACUCCAUCUUAGCAGAAAAAACAAGCCACGUGUAAGGCCCAUGUGCCCAGCCCCAUAAACCAGGUGCAAGUGGCUCACAAUCACAUUUCUUUUCUGGAUGGUGCACAGCAGAGUAAUUGUGCAAUUGUGCACACAUGGGUGAUUCAAGGUGGGACUUCCCAGUAUGAAAAUGUGUGCCGUAAUAUUCAGAAUGACACACACGUGUGCAAUUUGUAUGUACAUAUAUUUCAUACACACACACACACACACACACACACACAUAUAUAUGAGCAAUUUCAGAUUGUACUUACUUAGCUAAAAGUUGGGUGCCUAAGAUUUCAACUUAUAGAUUUAAAAGCAAGUGCCAGAUGUCAAGUAGCAGCUGACAUUAUUGUAACCUUUGCAGAGAUAUAUACACACUUUUGCACAGAACAGGCUUGUGCACCUGGUGAGUACCAUCCUUAAACCACCUCCUCUGCUUCCCUUUGGCUACUUUCCCGAGGCACCCACAGAGCUGUGACUCUAAGCAGCGGGGAAGAUAAUAGCUCUGCCUGCAGCCCACCCAGGCUUCUGGGACCGAUGAAGAGAUGCCAUUGUGCAGGGGUGGGGGCUGGUUCUUCCAUUCCCCCUUGGGCAGCAACAGGAGGCUAAGCAGAGGGCAGUGUAGUGGGUGAGCCUAGAGUGUCCGUGGAGGCCACUGAAGUCGGGUUUUUUUCCAGGUAGAGUAUUUUCCAGAUGGGGAUUUGAGACUGAAGCUCACCUGAUCCUCACUGAGCGGGGGAGAUUUUCUUUUCCCCCAAAAGUCAGGAAUCAGUACAGAGCCUGCAAGUGGAUCCUCCUGGGAGGGUGUGAAGUCACGGCCUUGCUGGAGCCACAAAUGAUCCCCCUUUUGAGAACAAGUGUAAUUGCUCUCCCUCCGUUAAGUCAGUGGUGACCACUCCUGAAGCCACUGUGCCUUCUCACCUUUUCCCUGUUAAUCUGGAUGUCUCCCAGAAGGCCGAGAGCACACCCUUACUGAUCAGUCCGGGAGGCCCCAUGGCCAAGCCCAAUGGGCUCACAGCUUGGAACUGACAGGGCUGAAGACUGCCUUGAGUAGGUUUGCCCUCUGGAAAGAUAUCAGGGACCACGCAGGUGUCCUCUGCUGCCUCUGAAUAUCCAGAAAACAACACCGGCUCCAAGCUCCGCCGCAUGGGAUAGCAGUCUUUAUGUGCAAUUUUGCCUUCCUGAGUUUUGGUUGCCCAACAUCAACUGCAGUCUUGAAAAUAGUAAUAUUUGUCCUGACUCUUUCAAGAGAGACACCACGUUCAUAUAUUUUAUUAUCAUAUAUUAUCACAAUUGUUCUAUUUUACUAGUUACUAGUCUCUUCCUGUGCCUAAUUUAUUAAUUAACCCUUAUCAUAGUCUGUAGGUUAGGAGAACUACAGCAUAUACCUUCAGGGUUCAGGACUAUCCAAGGUUUCAUGCCACCAGUGGGGAUCUUGAAUAAGGAGGGAUAAUCGGGGGGCUACCUACCAUAUUACAUUUCAGCAAAUCUGGGAGGACUUUUCUGCCAAAGGUACAAAUGGAGAACACUACUGCCUCAAAGCACAAGAGGCCAGACCACAGCUAGGGCUGCAGGAUAUCUGUCCUCAGUCCCAUGCCACUUGUCACUAAUUCAUGUUGAAACUGGAGAAACAGCUAUCCUCAGCCCAAGACUCGAGGCCCCUCACAGGACCUGGGUGAUCUGCUACCAAAAAUUCAUCUGUGAAUACACAUGUCCCAAAGGGCCUGGGCCAAAAGGCAUCAUCUGAUAGAACAGGGAGCUGGGGUGGCACAGGUCAACUAGAGUGGGGAAGAGGAGAUGCCACGCUGGUCCCAGGAGCACUCCAUGCACUCCUGUGUCCUAAGAACAUUAGGGUCCUUCCAAGAAAGGAGGAAGCCCAGUGCAGAAGCUCCCAUGAGGCCCAUGACUGAUGAGAAGAGACAUAUGCUUCCUGCACGUUUCCAGAUGCAACUCCCAGCUGGGUGGCAGAAGUUUAUCUUGAGGUGUAAAUUGGUCCUGGUGAGAGCACCAGCCAUGAGACUCACUGAAAGGAAACCAGAGGUAUACAUUUUAGCAUUUGUUUAGCAUAACGAGGAUUCCUUAUGGAUUCCCUGCUAAUGGAAGCAAUCCCCUCCCCCAGUGAUUCCAACCCCAGUGGGUGUUGGCUGGCUUUCUUCUCCAGUCUGCCCUGCCCAAUGAUGGUUCCUUAUACCAGAGAUGCCAGCAUAGAGCAAAGGCCAGAGUACUUUCUCCCUUCCCCACCCAGCCCCUGCUGAAGGUGUUCAUCAGGGCAGCAGUGGUUCCAAGAUAGG